AUGUCCACAAAAAUGGACACCAUUCGAACAGCAUAUAUCGCUCUUGGGAGCAAUGUAGGCGACAGGCUUGACAUGAUCGAAAAAGCAUGUCUGGCAUUGGAUCAGGACCCUGACAUCAAGGUCACACGAACUAGUUCGCUGUAUGAGACCGAACCAAUGUACGUCGAGGACCAAGCUCGGUUUCUCAAUGGCGCUUGCGAAAUACAGACUAUACUUGAGCCGAUGACGCUAUUGGACAGACUACAGGCUAUUGAGAACGAGCUGGGUCGUGUCAAGCUUAUAGACAAAGGACCUCGGAGCAUCGAUCUGGACAUUCUGUUGUACGAGGAUCAAGUGAUCGAUACUGAACGCUUGAAGGUACCGCACAUCCUGAUGCUCGAAAGGGAAUUUGUGCUCCGGCCUCUCUGCGACAUCAUCCCGGAUACGAUACCUUCAAUCGGCCAAACACCAGUAUCUCUCUCCCAAAGCCUGCGUAGGCUGUCAGCUUCUCCUUCGACACCUAUAUCAACCACAACGAGUAUGGGUGAAAACACAUUUUCAAUUCGAGCUCUGGAGCACACACGUCCUACGCAUAUAAUGUCUAUCCUCAACACAACCCCUGAUUCUUUCUCGGAUGGAGGCCUCAAUUCACCGACAGACGAAACAGCACUUCGGAAGACAAUCUCAUCACAUAUUCGUAGAGGUGCUACAAUCAUUGAUAUAGGUGGACAAUCUUCGCGCCCCAAUGCCGCCGAUGUGACAGCAGAAGAGGAGAUUCAGCGUGUUUUACCCGCUAUCAAGAUCAUCAGAUCCCUACCCGAAGGAUCCAACACUUGCAUCAGUGUCGACACGUAUCGUGCUACAGUGGCUGAGGAAGCCAUCAAGGCUGGAGCCCACAUUAUCAAUGACAUUUCUGGAGGCUUACUAGAUGCUGAUAUGCUCCCUACCGUCGGUCGUCUGGGAUGCACCGUAUGCUUGAUGCACAUGCGAGGAACGCCAGCAACAAUGACCAGUGCGGAAAACUGCUCGUAUCCCGACGGACUGAUUCCUACGAUAGCCAAUGAGCUUUUGGACCGCGUCAGAGCAGCGGAGGCAGCUGGUAUCCGUCGCUGGCGCAUAAUUCUGGAUCCUGGUAUUGGGUUCGCCAAGACGACCGAGCAAAAUUUGGAGAUCCUCAGACGCAUGAGCGACCUCAGGAGCUGGCCUGGCCUGGUAGGGUUGCCAUGGCUCUUGGGCAGCAGUAGAAAAGGCUUCAUCGGCAAGAUUACCGGCGUGGUGGAUGCGAAGGAGCGCACGUGGGGCACAGCAGCGACCGUGACAGCAGCAGUUCAAGGUGGAGCUGAUAUGGUGCGUGUGCACGAUGUGGACGAGAUGGCCAAAGUGACCAAAAUGUCUGACGCGAUCUGGAGAAGGUGA